GCGCGUCUCCUCCCUGUGCGUGACAAUCCAACAGGUUUCUGUUUGGUCAGCACGCGCUUUAUUUUCCUUUUCUGCAUCAGCUCAAAUAUUCCCACGUUUCCCUUCAUCUGUUUACUCCUGCUGUCUCUGUGGAGCGGCGCGUCCAGCUCAGAGCCAUAGAGAGUCUUUCUCUAUCUCCCUCUGGUCCAGGUCGCUGUGUUAAUGCACUUUACAACUUGCAUUGAACAAUAUUCUAGUAGACAACAAGUGGAGGGAUUUUCUUCCUGAUCCAUCAUAUGUUGAAUAUUGGGAUUUGAAGAGAAACACCUGUUGCCCCUGCCCACCUGCAGUGGACUUUUUAGGCUUCCUGUCUGAACGUCAUGCAGACAUCGACAAUGAAAGCUUGAUAACAAGAGUUUAACUUUUUACAGCUCAGAAAGGAAGGUUUGAUUUUUGGACUAACUAUGGAGUCGACGGGGCAAAGGGCAAAGUGUCUGGCGCUGCUCUUGGUAGUUGCGGUUUGUGUGCAGGCUGGCUUUGUGGAGCCUCCCCAGGCCGUCACCUCCCUGCGCUUCUUCGCAGAGAGCCAGACCAGGCUCCCCUGUCACUACCAGGAGGACGAGGGGGAGAAGGUGGUGCAGGUCACCUGGUACAAGGAGCUCCCAGACGGCAGCACGGACCAGAUCAUCACUGCCCACUUCAUGGACGGCCACACAGAGUUUGGGCGUUACUCCGGCCGGGUGAGAUUCGAGAGCGGGAGCCCCACGGUGAACUCGGCUCUGCUCAUCCCCAGCACAGAGGAGUCGGACGAGGGCAGCUACGCCUGCCGCAUCUCCACCUUCCCCAACGGGAACUUUGAAAGACACAUCACACUCACCGUUUGGAUUCUACCUAUCUCCUCCCUGGAGCCGAUGCUCCUGGUAGAGGGCCAGCCGUUCGGGGUGGUCGCUUCCUGUCGAGCCGUGGGCCGCCCUCCUCCUCUUCUCUCCUGGGACACCGACCUGCCAGGCCGCUCCCAAAACCGCAGCAAAGAGGGCGGGGCCGUGUCCAGCUAUUUCUCCCUGCACCCCCUGCGCAGCAUGAAUGGGAAGAAGCUGGACUGUCUGGUGUGGCAUCCCGGCCUGGAGCAGCCCCGUAGGAUCUCUCACCGCCUGCUGGUGCAGUACCCCCCAGAAGCCACCAUCUCCUCUGGGACAGCGGACUGGUUUGUGGGUUUGGAGAAAGCUGAGCUAGUGUGCGGCAGUGGAGGAUACCCAAAACCUCAUAACUUCACCUGGACCUGGAAGGGAGGAGCUUUGCCAGAUGGGGCGUCUGUGGUUGGAGAAAGACUUGUUUUUGGGCGGGGCCUCCGCAUGAAUGACAGUGGGCUCUAUGAGUGUGUGGUGAAGAAUGCCGUGGGAGUGGCAAAAGCAGAGUUUAUGUUGACAUUAACAGAGACAUCAAAACGCAAGGGCGAGUUCCCCAUGGACAACAUGUUGCUCAUCAUUAUCGGGGCUUCGGCCGGCGCUUUGGUCCUGAUCCUGGUCCUGGUGGUCCUGCUGGUCAACCGCUACCAUCGACAUAGAAACAAAAAGCUUGAGAUGGAGCUCAGCGAGAAAACGGAGGAAAUUCAAAGCUUCUCCCGACAAGCCUCCUUUAGAAGACUGAACUCUGUCAGCACAGACCCCAGAGUGCAGCCUGAAGAUUACGCUCUGCUCAGAGUAGACAGCCGAAUGAAAAACAGCCAAUUAUCUCUGGAACGAACCAUGUACAAAGGCAGCCAGUCCACUCUGGGCGGGAAGUGGGGGUCUGCAGGAGGGGUGGAGGUGGACGAACUGGGACGUCCAGUUCUCUGGCACGACGGCAGAGACACCCUGAGAGGAGCAGAGAUGGAUGGAGAGAAGGAGGAACAAAGGAGAAGGGUGGAGUCCUACCUGAAGAACAGUAACAUGUCACUGGACUCAGGUCUGCCCUCUUCCUUGGUUCCCCUGAAGGCCCAGCAGGAUGAAGGCGGCCUGGGGCCCAGAGAGCCAGACCUGGGCCACGUCGGAGAGGGAGACUCCCCGCGUGGAGAGGACUGGCCUCCGCCUCCCACCCAGGCGGUAGCAGAGGGACACGAUGAAGACAAUGAAAGCAGCUCCUACCAGCUGUCAGAGGCCCUCACACAUCACUUCUACUACAGUAAGGGCGUCCUCCGGCCCAGGCCACACUCCAACGCCAUUCUGCUGCACCCCAGAGGACAGAUCAUCUAGAACGCAGACUCUCUUCCAAAACAUGACAGGAGAGAAAGUCUGCCUGCAUUCCUGCAGUGGAAAUGACCUCAUUCUUUUUCAAUGGGAUGAUAGUUUAGUACACAUUGACUGCAGUGGGUAAUUAGCCUCAAGAACGAUCCAAACCUUUUAAUUUUUUUUUGCCUCAGGCUUGAUCUUGAUCCCUAACCCUGUAAUAACUGGGAAGCUUAUUAAUACUUCUUAUUAAUACUUUUGAGGCAUUUUAUGCCCUUUAUCAGACAGGAAAGGAGAGAGCUGGUGAAUGUUAUGCAGCAAAGAUCCUUAUCCAGACUGGAGCCAGAGACAUUGUGGUUCAUGGCCACCAGGUCCCCCGUUUAUUGGGACGUUUUUGAUAAUGUAUUGGAGCAUUUAAUGCCUUUAUUCGACAGACAGGAAAACUCCAGGAACGAGAUGGUGAUGCCAGCCAGACUUAAUCCUUUAUGAUUUCUCUGAUGGAGAAUUAGGUACACCGGCGAAAAAAUCCUAAUUUUUUAACAUCAAAAACAUUCAAGGAGGAACAUUUGGACAACAGCAUUAUUUAGCUCCAAAUGCCUGGCCCAGUCAAGAAUGAACUAUUUUCAAAGCUUUAAUAUUUUUGGCUAAGGAGAUAUUGUUGUUUUAAAUCAUGUCGUUAAUAGCUAGGGGCGAGGCACAAAAUUCUGGCCCCUGUAGAAAGGCAUUUUCUAUGGGCCCCUCCCCGCAUCCACGCUAUACAUUUUAGCAACUUUUUGGGCCCUACUCAGUCUUCCCCCCCCCAGUCCGACGCCCCUGUAACAGCCACCUGCAACUACAAAAAGGCCGAGGUUCUGCAACAGACGAAGUAAACUGGUGGAUGUUCAUGGAUACAAACUGGUUUCCAUGACCAGGUUUAAACCAUACCAGUGCCCAGCAAUGAACAGACUGGAAGGAACGUGAAGAUGAAGAUGAACUGUAAAGCAAUGUUCUGUAUCAAAGAACAGUCAGUUGUAUAUACUUCGUUGUGUGAAUUGUUUUAUAUUCUUUGUGUUUUUCUGUGAACCUGAAAAGCUGACAUGUAAAAUGUUAAAAUGUUUAUUUACAAAAGUA